AAGCAGUGGCUGGUUCGAGCGUGCGGUGGUGGGUGGGCGGCUGCGCGGAACGCGCGGUAAUCCAUUUACAGGGCCGCUUGCCUUUCAUGAGUCGGUGACGUCUUUGUUGCAAGGCAACGUGCUGACUUGUGUGGGAGACCAUGCUGCUGCUGCUUGAGACGCCCGCUGGGUACGCUCUCUUCAGCCUGAAGAACAAGAAAUUGCUUAAGGCAGAUGCUGACAGCAUCUACGAGUCGUUUAAGUCGGAGGCGGAUGCUCAGCGCCAAGUGAGCCUCACGGCCUUCCAGAAGUUCGCGGACACCAAGGCGGCCAUGGAGGCCGCCACCGAGCUCACGGAGGGCACCAUGGGCAAGGGGCUCAAGAAGCUCCUGAAGAAGAACAUCGUGGACGCUGGCCUGGAGGAGAACCUGGCAGUGUUGGACAAGACCCUUGGCGUCAGCAUCAACAAGAAGCUGGGGAUCGAGGUGGCAGUCCUCAGUGACAGCGUGAAGGAGAUCAUGCGCGGCAUCCGCAUGCACAUGACCGCGCUGAUCGACGGCCUCGAGGAGAACGAGGUCAAGUCGAUGGCGCUGGGCCUCGCCCACACCCUGUCACGCUUCAAGCUGAAGUUCUCGCCGGACAAGGUGGACGUCAUGAUCAUGCAGGCGGUCGGGCUUCUCGAUGACCUGGACAAGGAAUUGAACAACUUCGCCAUGCGACUGCGCGAGUGGUACGGAUGGCACUUCCCCGAGAUGGGGAAGAUUGUCACGGAGAACCUCGCGUACGCGAAGGUUGUGAAGCUGAUGGGGUUGAAGACGUCCGCGAAGGAUACCGACUUCUCCAAGGUGGGCGUUCCCGACGAGAUCGCGGGGGAGGUGCCCGCGGGUGCUGCCGCCCUGCGGCACCGAGAUCACGGCCGAGGACCUGACCAACAUCCACACGCUCGCCGACCGGGUCGUCGAGCUCACCGAGUACAGGGGGUCCCUCGCGGAGCGCCCCUCCGCAUGAACGCCAUCGCGCCCAACCUCACCCACAUGGUGGGCGAGCUCGUGGGCGCCCGGCUGAUCUCGCAAGCGGGGUCGCUGAUGAGCCUGGCGAAGCACCCGUCCAGCACCGUCCAGAUCCUCGGCGCUGAGAAGGCCCUCUUCAGGGCUCUGAAGACGAAGAAGUCUACGCCCAAGUAUGGGCUCAUCUACCACGCGUCCCUGGUUGGCCAGUCGGCCCCCGCCCUGAAGGGCAAGAUCUCGCGCGUCCUCGCCGCGAAGCUCUCGCUGUGCUGCCGCGUCGACGCCCUGGGAGACCAGGUUGAGCCCACCCUGGGCAAGGAGUUCAAGGAUUACGUGGAGAAGCGGCUGUCGUCGCUGGAGGAGGGCGGCAUGCGCUCGCUCACCAAGGGCGUCAGCAGGCAGAAGGACGCCAAGAAGAAGGACAUCGUUGGAACUGCUCCGGCCAAGUAUUCCACGGAGGCAGACGCGGUGGAGGAGCCUGCUCCGAAGAAAAAGAAGAAGGCCGAUGCGGAAGAGGCCGCCGAGGAGGAGCCGCGCG